AUGGCGUCGUCGUGGGAAGAUGGGGCAUCGAUCUUGCGCCGACCAGCGGACGCCGGGGCCCGGAAGCGGCCCGCGCCGGGUGCAUCAAACGACCUCAUGGGUUUUGGCGAUGACGAAGAACCCCAAGCUGGAGUUGCGCCCGAGGAGCCUGCGCCCGAGGCCAAGCCCCGGAAGAAGCGCAACAUCUUCUCGGAGCAGCACUUGCUGAGCGACCGAGGCUUCCGCGCGGUCUACAAUUCGUUCCCGAGCCACUUCAACACUGCCGUGCCUGAAGGCCAGGAAGCGCUGGCGCUGCGCGACCUCAUGACGUGCUACAAGGAGUGGGCGUUCGAGCUGUUUCCUGCCUUACGCUUUGAAGACUUUGUGGACCGCACCGAAGUGAUUGCCAAGAAGGCCGCAGUGGGCGAGCUCCUCCAAGAACUGCGGUCGAAGGAAGCCAAGCGCGGCGAGCCCGAGCCGGACUUUGCCGAGAUCGUGCAUUCCACAGCAUCGGCGCGCGAUAGUAGCAGCUCGAGCCAUGGCCCGCGCGAUGCCAAGGGCGAUGUCCCGCGCAGCAACUCGUUCGACGACGCGCUUGCGGCAGAGCAAGAUAUGCAAGCCCUCCUCGAAUAUGAGGCCAUGCUCGCGUCCACGCGCGACGACGCUCGCAAGGUGCCAGCCCAAGUGCCAUCCAAGGACGAGUCGAGCGACGAGGAAGAAUUCCAAGCUCCGACUCUCAAGGCUGUGCCGAGACCAGACGUGGCCAGCGACAGCGAAGCCGAAGUUGAGCUGCCCCCUCUCUCGAAGGUCGCCGAGAAGCUUAACGAUGCUGUCGACGAGCCGCGUGAUGCCAUCGAUGAGCCUAGUAAAGCCACCGACGAGCCUCGUGAAGCCAUCGAUGAGCAAUCUGGCGAUGAGGACGACGGGCCUAUGGACGAGGUCGACGACGAUCCUGCUGUCGAUGCCGAGGACCGCGAGGAAGCGCCGUCGCAAGCCGCCGUUGAACCUGCGUCGCAGAUGGACGAGCCUGCCUCCCAGGCGAUCGAUGACGACGACGAGCUUCCGAGCGACGAAGAAGCCGGCGACGUCAUGGAGUACGAAGCGCGUACGUCGAUCCUGCGCGACAUGGUGGAAACGACCGAGACGCGACGACCGCGGACGUCCAAGGCGCUCGACGAGGCAGCGACGAUGCUCGAAGAGGAGUCGGACAGCGACGCCGAGCUGGACUUUCCGGCGACGCGGUUUGGUGCGGCGUCCCAGGUGCCGGCGACGCAAGGCGAGGACGACGACGAGACCCAAGUCACAUGA